GCUGCUCUGUCUUACUCACUCGAGGAGUCCCGACGAGCCCUAAUCGCGGAACCCGACUACUGUUGCCGAUGAGACCGUCGUCGUCCGUCCGUCCUUGACGGUGCGUCUGUCCCUCUUGUUACGAAGUACCCCGGCGUUGGUUCCCUGCUACCUAAGAACUCACAAAGAUCCGAAGCCUCGCGGCGUUAUCGAUUCCCCACAUCACUCUUUCUGCUCCUCUCUCACAGUUAAAUGAAACUUGCAGGCAUUAUCAAAGUACCCUAAAAUUCCAAUCAAUGGAGGCCAUGGUGAAAAAGUAUCAGCAAAGAUUCAGAAAGUUCAAAGAUGAAAUGGAUCACUGGGACGAGCUUCAAGUUCGCUUGAUUUCACAGUUCACGAACGCUUCCUCCAUCAUUGGGAGGUUGCAGGUGCUUCAAGAUCCUAACAACUAUGGCAGUCUGUCUGGCAUGGAUGGCAUUGUAGAUGCGCUAUUGGCUAAGCAGAUGGAAUCGCUGCAACUCGUUUUCUCGUCUAUUAUAAAAACAAUGGAAGAACUUGGGAAUAUUGUUCGUUCAAUGGAGAAGAUUUAUCGUGAUGGGAAGCAAUUAAUCAAAGGUGGUUCGAAUCAGCCAUCAACAAAACAGCUGCAACAAAGAGUUGGAUUAAAACCGAGUCUUGAAGAUUGCUUGAACGGGUUAAGGCUUCUAUGUGACAUGCACCGCUCUGAGUACUAUCUUAAAGAAUCUAUGGUCUCAGCACUUCCACAACUUUUCUGGAAACCCAGGAAUCAUAGUGCCCAAGAUCUCAGUUCCUUACAGCAACUUUUGGUUGAUCAACCAAACAUUCGGAAAGAGGAAGGAAGAGGAAGCUUCAAGGAUAUUUACCUUGUGAGAAAACAACACCAACAAUAUCAAUUGAAAAGCAAAGUAGUGCAUUUGACGUUUUGGCCAAUUAUAUGAUUUAAUCAGUUGAGUUAUGUUGAGGUUAAAUUUAUGUUUUACUAGUGAGAUUUUUUUUAUAAUCUUUUUAGUUUUAUGAACACAAUUAGUUUCAACAAUAUUGGUUGAUGGUACAUGACUACUACCACUGUACCAAGCUUACUUUGGCGUGUAUUAAGAUACGACAUAGAGAUGACUUAUCAACCAUUACCAACCGGUGUGGUAUUGCUUCCCAUCGUUCUUCACGAUGGUAGGUAGUAGGGUAGCAGGUUAGAGGAAGGAGAUGAAGUAAAAGAGGAGGAAAAAACAAGGAUGUUUUUGCCUUUAGGCAUCCAGAGAGUAUAGAUUUAUAAAUGUGAAGCCUUUUGAUGUGAGUUUUUGAAAUGCAUUGGUAAGAAUGAAUAUUGGUGCACUUGCACUCAUCUCUUGUAUUUCGACCCUUUUGAUUUUAAUAUAACUUUUUGGCCAUAAUUUUCAGGGAA